ACACUCGAGAGCUGGACUCGAAAAUUCAUCUCUCAAAUCCUCUGAAACCCUAAUUCCUCUCUAACGUCAAUUUUCUUCCGGAGAACAGAAAUGGCGGAAUGUCCGACGGAUCUCAUCAACGAAAUGUUUCUCCGUCUCAGAGCAACUACGCUCGUAAAGUGUCGCGUCCUCUCAAAGCCUUGCUUCUCUUUGAUCGACAGUCCCGAGUUCGUCUCAUCUCAUCUCCGUCGCAGACUCGAAACGGGAGAACAUCUCAUGAUCUUACUCCGAGGACCUCGUCUUCUACGCACGGUGGAGCUAGACUCGCCUGAGAACGUCUCCGACAUCCCUCAUCCUUUACAAGCCGGAGGUUUUACAGAGGUUUUUGGUUCAUUUAACGGUGUCAUAGGGUUAUGUAACUCUCCUGUUGAUCUAGCGAUCUUUAAUCCUUCGACUAGGAAGAUUCACCGUUUACCAAUUGAGCCAAUUGAUUUCCCAGAACGUGACAUCACUCGUGAGUAUGUGUUUUACGGUUUGGGUUAUGAUUCUGUGGGCGAUGACUUUAAAGUUGUGAGGAUUGUUCAGUGUAAGCUUAAAGAAGGUAAAAAGAAAUUUCCUUGCCCUGUUGAAGUCAAAGUUUUCAGCUUGAAGAAGAAUUCGUGGAAGAGAGUGUGUCUUAUGUUCGAGUUUCAGAUUCUUUGGAUUUCGUACUAUUACCAUCUCUUGCCUCGUCGUGGCUAUGGUGUGGUUGUUAACAACCAUCUUCACUGGAUUUUGCCUCGAAGGCAGGGAGUCAUUGCCUUUAACGCGAUAAUCAAAUAUGAUCUUGCCUCUGAUGACAUUGGAGUCCUCAGUUUCCCACAGGAGCUUUACAUUGAAGAUAACAUGGAUAUUGGUGUGUUAGAUGGCUGCGUUUGUUUGAUGUGUUACGACGAGUAUAGCCAUGUUGAUGUUUGGGUUUUGAAAGAGUAUGAGGAUUAUAAAUCUUGGACUAAGCUGUAUAGGGUGCCGAAACCAGAGAGUGUUGAAUCGGUUGAGUUCAUUAGACCUCUGAUCUGUUCCAAGGACAGGAGCAAGAUUUUGCUGGAGAUUAACAAUGCGGCGAAUCUCAUGUGGUUUGAUUUGGAAAGUCAGAGUCUUACAACUGCCGGAAUAGAGUGUGAUAGUUCAUUUACCGCAGACAUCCUCGUGAGUAGCCUUGUUUUGGGAUGUAAAGGAGAUCCUACUCAAGCUCAGCGCAGUAAAGAUCAGAAGAUGAUGCCAAAGAGUACUAAAAGGGAUGGUUUUCUGUCCAAGGGAUUCAAGCUGAAGCUAUGAGCAAAGCAAGGGAAACUUCUGAGCCCAAACAUUAGAUUAAGGUACAGUAACAGUAGCAGUGGCAGGGGGAAAGGAUAUGGCAAAAUCCUAAACCCAUGUGAGAUCUUAGUACUAAUAAGCUUAACCCUAUGUACGUAGUAUGAUGUCGUAAGGAAAUAAUAAGAUAGUGUUCUUCUAUAUGUAAUCGACUGAAAUUUAUAUGUAAAACUCUUAUCAGUAUGGUCUUUUGCAAUUUGAUAUGACUUGAAACUA